AUGCCUUCCGGUGACGAUCCAGCGGCAGCGUACCCAGGCGCGACCGCCCCCCACGUGGUCCCCUCUGACACGAGAUCGAGCAUCGGCAGCAGGGCGAUGGAAGGCAAGCUGGCGGACGCGAUGGAGCACUGCCGGUUUGCCAUCCGGGCGCUGGAGUUUAGGGACGCGGAUUCUGCGGCUCAGAAGCUGCGAGAGGCUUUGCAGAAGCUCACGUAG